CACAGCGACCGACGGCACGCCAAACGACAGCUUUAUCUUAAAAUAAAUGGUUUAGUUUCGUUUAGUCAAUAAAGCACGAUGACCCAAAGGUAAUAAUGAUUAUACAUUUGUUUGUUUUCGAAAACGUUGCUCCAUCUGUCAGUUAGUUUAAUAGUUUUAGUUGAUUUAUUGGAAGCUCAUAUAAUGUGUUUGCCAACAUGUUUGGUGCUUCUUCGGGAGAAAACAGAAAUUAUCUAUCGGACAAGUGGCCAUAAUCCUAAUUCUCAAGGGUUCUGAAGAGUUCCUGCUACUAAUACAGAAAUAAAGAGGAUGUUUGGUUUACCGAGAGUGUAAAGACAUGGAGAAAUAUGCCACAGUCCUUACACUUGGCCGAGGAGGAGCAGGUGUUGUGUUGUUGAUGAAACAUGUGGAUUCAAAGAAAUUAUGUGCUGUCAAGAGAGUGCAUGUGGACAGUUCUCGAAAGACCAAAGAGGUUGUGCAGCAAGAAGCAGAUAUUCUCAAGAGCCUGAAGCACCCUCAUAUUAUAACAUGGAUUGACACUUUCUUUGACUCAACUAAUGACCAUAUUUACAUUGUUAUGGAUUAUUGUGAUGGUGGAACACUUGAUGACCACAUUAAAGAGCAGAAGAUUGGACAAUACUUUCCUGAAUGCAAGAUCAUGAACUGGUUUGUGCAAGUUGUAAUGGCGGUCAGUUACAUCCACUCGGAAAAAAUCCUGCACAGAGAUAUCAAGCCUUCAAAUGUGAUGUUAACCAAGAGAGGUGUGAUUAAACUGGGGGAUUUUGGAAUAUCAAAGGUCAUGAACCACACACUUGACAUGGCCUCCACCUGUGUGGGAACCCCCAGUUACCUGAGUCCAGAACUCUGCCAGGAUGUCCCAUACAGCACCAAAUCUGACAUAUGGUCUGUUGGCUGCUUACUGUAUGAGCUCUGUGCCCUCAAACCAGCUUUUGAAGCCAAAAAUCUCUUAAGUCUGUUUUACAAGAUCAUAAAAGGGGAAUACAUAAAGGCUCCAGAGAGGUAUUCAAAAGACAUGCAGACAUUGAUUGAGAAAAUGCUUUCCUUGGUUCCAGAGAACAGACCAAGUGCAAGCAGCAUUCUUAGCAUGACCUAUGUGCAAGAACAUCUGGGGAACUUCAUCGCUCAUCAAGAGAAAGAACUGACAAAGGUUAAUGCUGAAUCCAUACCUCAAACAAAUGAAGACUUUAACAGUGAAAUGUCAUCUAUGGAAAGCAGAACAAACCGUGCUGCAGCAGUCUCUGACAAAACACAGGGAACAUGCAAUACUGAGGAGGAAGUGGCUAAUGAACAAACAGAGUCUGAUUAUUCAGAGGACUUUGACGAACAUGAUAGCUUUAUAUCCUCUGAGGAUGUUUCAAGGGAAGAUGUCUCCUCCAGCCCUGCAAAUAUGGUUGAAGAGAUGUCUGAGGUGUCUUGUGUUGUGUCUGAUGAUGAGGACAUCUCUGACUAUCCAGAUGACUUUGAAGAAGCUGAGGAUGAUGACCUGGCAGAAGUGGUCAGCUGUGCCAGAGAAGUCAUGAACUAUGUCUCAGAGAAUGAUUCCUUUGAACUGGAGCUCAAAGAUUCUGACGGUUUCUCAGUCACAAUGAAAGUGCUGAGAGAAAAAUACAUGGAGGAUGUUGGAGCCUCAGUCUUUGAGGAAAUCAGUGAGCACUUUUUGAAUGGCCUUACGCCAGAAGAUCUGCAGCCACAGUUUCACCACAUGAUCGGGACAGACCAUCUUGAGACAUGUUACCUAAUUUUUAACCUUGACCAAGAGGCCACAUGUUAAAUAAUGCAUGUUCUAUUUAGUUAAAUUAAUUUUCCAUAUAUUAAGAGUUAUUUAUAGAUCAGGCAGUUCUAUAACAACCUCAGCAAAUACUGGAAUUGUAGUAUACGGAGUAUGAAAUCAACAUGUUUUAAUAUAUUUAAUCAUACAUGAAUUAUAAUUGUGAUUAUGAUGUAAUAGUGUGCUCUUACAGAUAUUUAUCAUUUACAAAAUCUUCUUUUGCACUGAGCAUUUAGAGUCAGUGUUCAUUCAGCACUCUACUGAAAGUGUUUCCUUAUAUAACCAGUAGGUGACACUCUAUAGUUAGAAAAUAUGUGCUUUGGUUGUACGUGCAGUUCAGAAAUUGAAUGCAUGGUUUCCCAUCAUGGCACCAUUAGUCAGAUCGUAGGGACCUGACUAUAAGAACUGCCACCUUUCAAGUUCACUAUAUAGUGAAUACACUAAUUAACUAUAUUGCACCCAGUUGACUUAAUUUUAAAAGUUAACCCAAUUCUCAGCUUUUUUUUCCUCACAAAUAAUCAUUCAACAUAUCCAUUAAACAAUGCCUGUGAGUGUGAUAGCCCUCCCAAUUGAAAUGUAAAACAGGAAUCAGAACACAUUUACUGAAUUUAUAAAUGUAGGGGCCAGAGCCACUGUUCUGUUCUACACAAGGCGUUUUCCCUCAAACAUGUCCAGAUUAUUCCAACAGGAAAUUAGUCAGCUUGCCAUGCAUAACUGUAAGAAUAAGACUCAUAUUAUAUUGCAUUUAAGAUUGUUCACAAUCUGCCUCCAGAGAAAAGUGUGUUCAAUAAUCAAGUGAGCGAUUACAAGGAAAUCUGCAUCAUUUAACUUGAGGCAUCAUUUGGCUAUUAUAAUGUAAAUAAAUAAAAUAGAAACUAGCUAAUGGCAAUAGUUCUGCCCCAUUACAGAAAAUAUUUUUUAUUAUUUUACUCAUAAAUGGUCUUCACCUUUUGUUUUAAUGUCUAAUAAAGCAAACUGAUAUCUUUCCACUCUAAAACAGACUCAAAACGGCAUUAGUCUCAAAUUGUUUUGUUCAAAUUGUCCCAUAGGUAUCCAUAUAGGCUGUUUGUGAAUUUAAAGAACAAACCAUGACCCCAAAAUCCUAGCUGGCCAUGUUGAUUUCACAACCAGUCUGAUUGUUUUCUAGACAGAGUGCAAUAAGCAGGUGUUUAAAACUUAAAGCCAGAUAUGAAGUCUCAUAGAGCAAACCUCAAAAACGGUACUUCACUUGAAUUCAAGACAGUAGGUUGCCACUAAAAAGGAAAACAACACUGAACAUAAAAAAAUUACAUUCAAUCCCACAAAAUACAGCUCUUUUUCCAGGUUACAUUCUGGUGGGAGAGAGUAAAACUCUGAAGACCCAUUCAGGAUAGAGCUUUAAUAAUUUCCAUAAGCCUGAUGGAUUGCUUGUGUUGCUUUAUUUAUCCCUCUAUGCAUUUGGAUGAGUGGACGAGAGACCAGAAUAGACAAAGGCAGGCCUGAGACUGUUUUAAGUAGCAAUCACCUCUGUCUGUCACUUUAAACCUGUCAAUAUUUCAUCCAUAGCUAGCAACUGGAAAAGCUUGUCAUUUGUUCAUUAUUGAUUGAUCUCUGCAUGAGUGAACAAUCCUUCAGCUCAAAUGCGCUUUUCUCCUUGCUUUUAUUGUUUAGAAAUCAUUCAGAAAUGAGGUUAGGAUCCUUGUUAAGAUUUUUCAUUUGUUUACGAGUGGGAGUUUCUGUUAUGCAUUUGAUUUGGAGGAAAGAAAAUGGUUUAUGAAAUAUGAAAAAUUUAAUUGUCUUUGUUUAUUUGAUUGUUUUGAGUCACUAUUGUUGAUGUGUCCUUGUUAUAUUUUACUUCAUGCAUCUAACAGUCUGCAUGUUUUCACCAAUAGUCAAAUGAGAUUUGUACAUGCACAAUUUCAAGUUUGUACUGGUC